CCACUUUGUCCAAUCAGCGGUGAGGCCGCCUGCACAGAGGGCUGGGCGCGAGAAUCGGCGGGAUGGACAAAAAUUAUAGCGCUACACAGAGGUACAGACGGAGGAGAGACUCUGCUAGAAACAUCUCUGAGUGAGAGCGAGGAAAGCCCUGUUAGGUCCUCCGUCUGCAGACUAGCUCUUUACGUUGCGACGUCGCAUUAUAAGCGACAAGAACCAGAAGAAAAUAGAGUGACGCAUUUUUCAUAGCAACGAUGUUAUCGAAGGUGAACAGCGCUUUUUGCUACCCUGCAAAUUUGAUGUAACAUUGCCUCCAGUUAGCUCGCUGGCUAGCCAUACUCUACCAACUGAAUGCAACAACCUCUCGCUGAUGACUGAAAGUGGUUUCUAUGGAUAGACAGUUAUUACUGCGGGGUUUGAGAGCGUUGCCAAACACAGGUUUGUCUUUGAAGAGGUUCAACCGUCCCACCCGCUGUCAUGGACAACGCGAAAACACGCAGUAUUUCUAGCCUUGAUGAGGAUGAAGAGCUCCACUCCACAGACCCAGAGAGUAAAGAGAAGAGCAAAGACAAGAAGCUGCUGUGUAAAGUGAAAUGGUCCCGAGAUGAGGAUGAAAAACUUAAAAAACUUGUGGAGCAGCAUGGAACCGAAUCCUGGAAAUCGAUAGCUACCUUCUUUCCAGGGAGGACAGAUGGUCAGUGUCAGCACCGCUGGCAGAAGGUCCUCAACCCAGCGCUGGUAAAAGGACCCUGGACAAAAGAAGAGGAUCAAAAGGUGAUCGACCUGGUCCACAAGUACGGCCCAAAGCGCUGGUCAGUGAUCGCAAAGCACCUGCAAGGGAGGAUUGGAAAACAGUGCCGCGAGCGUUGGCACAACCACCUGAACCCGGAGGUGAAGAAGUCGUCGUGGACGCAGGAGGAGGAUCGGAUCAUCUAUGAAGCCCACAAGCGGCUCGGCAACCGCUGGGCGGAGAUUUCAAAGCUGCUUCCUGGCCGCACAGACAACUCCAUCAAGAACCACUGGAAUUCCACCAUGAGGAGGAAAGUGGAGCACGAGGGCUACCUGCAGGAUGGCGGCAAGUCUUUCACCUCCUCCGGAAACGGGAAAAGACGGAACAGCAGAUCCUGUCCUCUGACUCCGACCGACCCCCAGCGCUGUGGUCUCAGUCCUCUGCCUGUGACGGCUUCCAGCCAGGUGGGGAGUUUUUCCUACGAUCCUGCCAGCGGACACAUUAUCGACGGCCUUCCUGAAAACUCCAGCUUUGUAUCACCAUCCUGCCUGGAUGAUCCUGACAGAGAACAGAGAAUUAAGGAGCUUGAGCUGCUGCUUAUGUCAGCAGAGAGCGAAGUCCAGCGACACGUGCAGUGCAGAGGUUCACGUAGCGUCGAGCCGUUCCCGGCCUGGUCAGACAGUCUGUCUGAAGACUCGAUGACCACCAGCAGCAGCCUGGAGGAGCAGGUGGAGAGGGGGCCCUGGAGAGGGCCGGACAUCCCAGCGCCACCCCCUCAAGUCUCUCCGAGCAAGUUCCUGACCGCAGAGGCUAGCGCUGUGCUCUCCAGCCUUCAGACCAUCCCAGAGUUCGCAGAAACCAUGGAGCUGCUCGAUUCGGAGCCUGGAACCUGGAACAACGUGGCCAGUUUUGACGUGUCGAACGCAGCGACGCCACCCAGGCACAGCCACGCAGACUUCACCAAUCUGCUGCAGGAGAGGACAGUUUAUGAGCCGGUGGGCUACACCGUCAACAAUCACACCGCCAUGCCAGGCCACAAUGGCCUGUCGUUUGGCUUGGUCGCCAUCGCCUCCCAGUCGCCCAUCAUCAACUCACUGAAACCCGGCAAGGAUUCCAGCGGGAGGAAGAAAAGGAGAGACAGAAGACAGCCUCUGUGUGACAGGACUUGCUCUUCGUUCUUGGAAAACAUGUCAAACUCUCCCAAGAAGACGCCCACAAAGUUGCACUCAUGCGCCACGUCAGCAUUCUGCAACAUAUCAGCGACGGAGCUUCUGAACCUGGAGGAUCCCGCCUUGACCUCGACUCCCGUGUGCGGUCAGAGAUGCCUCCUCAGUACGCCUCUCCUCAAGGAAAACACACCCAAACACCAGAAAGAGAACGAUGGUUCCAGGACCCCUAAAUUAGUUAAAAAUGCUGCAGUCCAAACCCCAAGAACCCCGACUCCAUUUAAAAAAGCUUUGGCCGCCCAGGAAAAAAUGCACGGCCCAUUGAGGAUGGAGCCGCAGCCUCUGGCGUUCCUAGAAGAGGACAUCCUAGAAGUCCUGAAGCAGGAGACAGGAAGAGACAUCUUCAACAAAACAGACUUUCAUAACAUGGAUGGUCCAGCGAGAAAAGUGCGCAAGUCUCUUGUAUUAGACCCCUGGGUUGAAGACAGCCUUGACGUCUUCCAGGAGCAGCUCAACAAUGCACAGAUUUCAGAAGAAAGUCUGAUGGCAAACUCUUCGCUGGUCACCCCGGUCACUGAGGAAGACGAGGGCAGGCAGCCAGCCUCUGAGAAAGACAAGUCCUCGUUAGGAGUCCGUGAUCACACCCACUGCUUCUCCAGGCCUGAAGCAAAAAACGGUCUCUCCUCACACAAAGAACCAAAAUCAUCUCCUGCACAGGUGAGCGACUGGGAAGCAGUGGUUUAUGGGAAGACAGAGGACCAGCUCAUUAUGACAGAACAGGCUCGACAGUAUCUGACUCCCUACCCGUCGUCCGGCUCUACCUCAAGGGCUCUCGUCCUUUAAAGCCGUCCCCCACUCCCAAGCAAGCAGCACUACGUCCGUCCAGCACCUGAAACUGUCCACUGAGUCCUGAAGGAGACAAUCUAGUGACGCAGAUCAUCAACACUGCCAAGGCCCUGACUGCCGGUACAGUUUAUAACACAUUCCUAGGUCACCUAGUCUUUUUUACUUACCUACAUCUUUGCCUACAAUAGAAACUAUACAAAUAUAGUCUGUACUACUAGCGGUGGCUGCUUCUGAGCGAUAUAUUCUUAAUAUAUAAUUUUAAAUGCCAGGAAACACAUGUCACGAUGUAUCUCCGUCAGCUUCUUUUGCUAACCUAGUCCGAUUGCUGUUAUUUGAUAAAAAUCACGCACAUGCCACAUCUCUAGCUUUUUUCCGGCUUAACACGAACUUUAAAAUCACACUACAGGUUUUUAACAAGACGCCCAACAAUAAAAUUCCCUUUACUUUAAGCUAAAACAAACAAAAUGCAGCUGUGUGUUUUUGUAAAUAGCAAUCAUUUGAGACGCUUAGUCCAAGCUGGUGUGAGGUUUUGAGGAAGAGAAUGAGAAGCUGUCAGUCAAAAUUGCACUACUGAGAGGAGUUUUGCUGCUGAGAAAGGAGCAGUGUGUUUCUUCAGUUUUAUUUUAUUUAUUUUAUUUUAUUUUAUUUUAUUUUAUUUUAAAAGGGCAAACUGGAUAGCACUUGAGAUGGUGUCUGUCUUACAACACAGCGUUUCCGAUCCGAGACCACGGAGUCCGUGGAGACAUCAGUUGAAUGUAUUUCAUUGCAAUGUACAUGUGAAAGAACCUCAAACGUGGAAGGGUACCUUUUAUUGUUUAUCUCUAAUUAUUUUAUUUAUUUUCUGACUCUUCUGAGACUUAGAUGUUAAUAUAAAUUGGACACCAUGAAGUCAUGACGUUUUCGCUUUUUUUUUUUUUUUUAAGUUUGCUGACAAUAACAGCCUAAAAAUCAUAUUUGCUCUAAGCAUGUCACUGUUUAAAUAAACAAAACAAAAUCCCCUUUGUCAGAUGUUUCAUUGUGACGGUCAAUACUGACACGGUUUCACAUCACAAACGUCAAACAUUUGGCUGAGAAGGACCGCGUUUUUAUGUGAAGGCUGUAGAUUCUUAUUUAUUUAAAGUCUACUAAUUUAUUUAUUUCUUUGAAAAGGAAACCUUUAAGAGAAACUAUUGAAGAAUUUUAUUAUCUUUUCUCUUUAAAAAAAAAAAAAAGAAGAAAAAAAACUGAAAGAAAACAGGACCGGGCUGCCAUUCAGUUUAUUAUCACCAAGGUAAAAAACAACAUGCACUGCCCCUGACUUUAAGCUUCUAUGAAAUAAUUCGGCAAGAUCUUAGAAAAUGAUCAUUUUAUAGAUGUUUGCAUGACCUUGUAACAUUUAGAUCUAGGAUUUCCCCCUCCCCUUAAAUCAAAUUUGUUUUGCAAUUAGGUAGUAGGACUCUAUCUCUGAAAUCUAAUCAUAGACAAACUGCACUUUUUAUAUGUAUAAAUUUAAACUUUUGUUUGUUUAUUAUCAUGAUGUAGCUCUUUGUUUGGGUGUGUGGGUUAGUUUGUGAUGAAUGCUGACAUGAAGGAUCUGCUGCUUGAUUUUUCACCUUUUGUUUCUCCUGUUUGGCUGCAGACGUGUGUACUUUAACUACACUAAAAAAAAAAUAAAAUAAAAAAAAAACUUGCAAUAAGCCGUUUUUGUAGGCAGUUGUGUCCUUGUAUGAUGCUGACAUUCCCUGAUCAAAUCCUAACUUCCACACUCUUGUUUUUGUUUUUUUUUUGUUUUUUUUUUGCUGAUCUGUAAUUGUUAUUUAUGUUUCAUGCUGGGUUUUAUUUGCUCCAAAAGUCAAUUAUGGUGAAAACUAUUAUUAGUAUUGGACAAUAACGGAUGCUGGGCAAUGUGGCUUAAAAAUUAAAUCUCCUGAUCUUUUUCAUACCAGAUCCAAUUUCAAAUUUACAUUUUAUUUUUUUAUUUUUAAAGCAUUCUUUCAAUUUAAAGUCGUUUUGAUGAGAAAAAGAAACACUGCUGGGACUGACCCGAGCUCAGUUGACUGAAGAAACCCCUAAAUGACAACUACAGAUCCUGCACUUUAUACACUCUGGAUUGUAAGUAAGAGCAAUACAGCAAAAUCUGACUACAUUUAAUAAGUGCUGAACAAGUCUUGUCUUCCAUUUUAGUAGCCCGACUCAUGAUUAUUUGUAUUCUUACUGAGACUUCCUGUAAUCUGCACUACAGCUGUGAAUCUUGUGUUGUCAGCGUUUAGUGGAUCUAGCAUUGCCUCUAAUCUGGAUUAUCCUCCAUUUAGACCUCUGAGUGAGAAUAAGAAGGAAAUCUUGUCAGGGAGAUCGAGAGGAAAGAUCAGGAGAGUUUGGUACAGACGGUAGACUAACAUCUUUAUAAGCGAUUUCUACUUGGAUGUGUCUAAUCUGUUCAUAUGUGUGUGAUCUGUUCCUGCGGGUCGGUUUGACUCGUCGUUGUACACUGCAUCCAUUGAAUCCAAGUUCAUUUGUUUUGAAGUUAACAGUUCUUGACAAAUACUAUAGGUGUUGAGGGAAUUAAGUACAAGCACAGGAUGCUAGCAGCUCUGUUUACUACUGUAGUUCUGCAUGAGCAAUAAACACAAGAUGCUGGAUGAAUCGCUUUUAUAAAACGUGCUGUUUAAUGUAGCAAUUUCAGUAACUGUCAUAACCAAGUUACCUUAGAUGUCCUGCCAGCUCUCUUUUUGUAACCUUGUACUUUAUUUGUGAAAAAUAAAUGCUUCUUGUCUUGUUGCAUCA